ACGAGCAAGAGGAGGAUGAAGAGAUGACAUGGAUAACGAAUCUAUGGAACUAACCAACACAGAACAACAAGCGUGCUGUGGGUAUGAAUGUGGAUUACCAGAAGCAACAGAGAUGGAGACCAAUGCUGCAGGAGGGAGUGUAGCCUUUGACACCAUGGCCUCUCUCCUGUUGAAGCACGUGGCUACCUCUCUGUCCCGCCAAAUGGCCCAGAUGAGCCGGUUAAAUGGGGUUGCCUCCUCUCCAGCAGCUAGUGCCUACAGAUGUCUCUGCACCCUCACCACAGUUCCCCGCACACUACUCCACUCAUCAACCAGAAUUGGCUCCAUCCAGCCCCUCUUGUCUGGCUCCUCUUCUCAGUGUGGACCAUCUCUGUUGGGACAGUGUCAGCAUCUUCCCUGCAUCCAGCCCUCUGCGGGGAUGAAAACCAAGUCUGCCCUGAAGAGGCGCUGCAAAGACUGUUUCAUUGUUCGACGGAGGGGCCGUUUGUUUGUGUUCUGCAAGACCAAUCCGAGACACAAGCAGAGGCAGGGCUAAAAUGUUGAAGGAGUAAUGAGAAGUUUGCUUUGAGAUUUAGAAUUUAGAACAACUUUGAAACAAAAAUAAAUUGUUUGGAUGAAGAAUGUGCAUAGCACCUUUCA